AUGUGGGCGGCGAACCUGUGCUUCGCGAUCGCGUUCCUCGCGCCGAAGAGCUUCAAGCAGAGCAUCCUCGUGCUGCGCGCGCUGGCGGCGGCGGGCGCCGUGCUCAUGGCCAUGUGGGCGGGCGCCGAGGUCUGCGCGCCCGACGUGCUGGCCUGGAGCCUCGCGCUCGUCCUCGUCAAUUCUAUACACACCGUCUUCUUAAUUAUAAGGUUUCUUCCACCAGCGUUAUCGCUGGAACUGACUGAACUGUACCUGAAGCUGUUCAAGCCGCUGAAGGUGAACAAAAAGCACUUCCAGGAGUUGACGCGGGAGGCGCGGGUGGUGAGGCUGGAGCCGGGAGAGGCGUACGCGGUGGAGGAGGUCACGCCCGCUGAUGAGAGACUGUCCAUACUUUUAAAGGGAAAGAUGCGCGUGAGCUGCGACGAGACACACCUGCACUUCAUACAGCCGUACCAGUUUGUAGACUCGCCCGAGUGGGAGGCGAACCGAGAGCAGUCAGACGACGUCUUCCAGGUGACGGUGGUGGCCGAGGAGGUGUGCACGUGCGUGUGCUGGCCGCGCAUGCGCCUGGAGCGCGUGCUGCGCCACCGGCCGGCGCUCAAGGUCGUGCUCGACUGCCUCAUAGGUAAGGAUAUAACCCACAAGCUGUACUCUGUGAGCGAGGGCCUGGGCGCGGGCGCGGGCAGCGAGCGCGAGGGCACUCCCGCGCACCUCACGCGCUCGGCCAGCGUCGACGCGGUGCACGAGGGCGCGCGCGGCAAGCUGCGCAGUCUCGCCUGGCGCUCGCGCACCUCCACCAAUAAAGGGAGCUCGUACUGGCAACCAAUGGUAGCACGGCAAUUCCUACGGAAGUCGCCGUUCGGCCGAAGCGUGACGCAGCCGCGGCUGUUGCCGCAGGCGUCGUCGGCCAGCCUGCAGCCCAGCGAGCCGGCGGGCGGCGGGGCGCGGCGCCGGAGCCCGCCGCGGCGCUCCACGUCGUUCCGGCGCGGCCGCGAGGUCAAGUUCGCGGAGGCGCCGCCGCUAGCGGAACCCGCGCCGGCGGUGUGA